AUGUCCUCGAAGAGUGCUUCAUCCUCUUCGGAACGAGAGAGAAUUAAAGUAUUUGUGCGGUGCAGGCCUCAUUCCGAGAGUGAAACUAUUGAAGAUCCCUCCUGUAAAUCAUGUUUGGAAAUUCGGGGUAAAGAUAUUAAGGUUUAUAGAUCUGCCUUACCAACGAAAUCGUUUACAUUUGAUGGAAUAUUCGGACCGGAAGUUACGCAAGAAGAGGUUUUCAAUACGGUUGCUAUUGAGGCGAUCGAUGACGUUUUUAAGGGUUAUCAUGCAACAAUAUUGGUCUACGGACAAACAGGAACAGGAAAGCAUACAUUGAGCAACAUUGAUGAAAACAAUUCUAUUCAAAACGGUCUCAUACCAAGAAGUGUACAGGAAAUAUUUAAGAGAAUUAAAAACGAUAACGACCAUGAAUAUUCUGUCAGAAUGAGCUACUUACAAAUAUACAUGGAAACGUUACAAGAUUUACUUCAACCAGAAAGUAAGAGUUUGCAAAUUAGAGAGGACCCUGAAGGUAACAUUUACGUAUCGGGAUUGAGUAAUCGAGAAAUGGGUAAUUUUGAAGAUUGCAUUAAAUAUUACAAAGAAGGAGAUGUCAAUAGAACGACUGCACUGACUAAGAUGAAUGCAACAUCUAGUAGAAGCCAUGCCUGUGUAAUUAUUAAUGUACAAAAGAGAGGGAAAUUGAACGGCACAGAGGCAGUGGAAGGUCUAGACAAAAAGAAGGUGACCAGUGCCAAUUUAUUCUUGGUUGACUUGGCUGGUAGUGAAAGAUUAAAAAAGACAGAAGCAGAGGGAAUUCGAAAAAAAGAAGCAAAUUAUAUUAACUUGUCUUUGACAACUCUAGGUUUAGUGGUUCACUCGUUGGAAGCUAAUCAUCCUCACAUACCAUUCCGAGACUCCAAAUUGACAAGACUAUUACAGGAUUCUUUGGGUGGAAAUGGAAAAACUCGGAUUGUAGUCACAAUUGCUCCAAAUGAAGCCAAUUGUCAAGAAACUGUAGGAAGUUUAUUGUUUGGUGAACGAGCAAUGAAUGUAAAGACAACAGCUAAGGUGAACGAAUCCAUAGAUUACAAAGCAUUAUGUGUCAAGCUGAAGGCCCAACUUGAAACCUUGGAGGGAAAAUAUAGCGAGCUUGAAGAAGACUAUCUCGAUGUUACACACGAUAACGACAAGAUGGAUUUAGAGAUUGAAUCAUUGAUUGAUGAGAACAAAAGUUUGAAAAAGCAGAUAAAGAUUUUGGAAAAAGAACAGAUCAAAGAAAAGGAGAAAAUUGUGUCUCUCAUGAAAGGAGAUUUGGCAGAUUUGGAAAAGCAACAUGAGAUUCAAAUUAAGGAGUUGAAUCAACGAAUAGAGACAAUUUCAAUAGAAUAUGCACAAGAGUAUGCAGGCAAAGAACAAAAAUUAACAGAAAUCAUCAACAAAAAAGCAAGCGAAAUAGACCGCUUAGAAACAACACUAGGUGAUAAACAGUCUGACAUUGAUGCCAUGACAAAGAGGAUUCAGGAUUUGGAAAACGAAGUCGAGUUAUUAACUUUCAACAAUGAGCAACUCCAACGAGAUUUGGAAAUCACUGUGGAGCAAUACGAUAAACGCGAGAGUGAGCUUGAGAAUGUACAAGAGCUAAUUGAAAAAUACGAAAAACAGGUGCUACUAUUGAAAGAAAACAUAACUAGGCAACAGGAAGAUUUUAAUGGAGAACAGGAAGCUCUAAAACAAACUAUUAAGGGACUUGAAACAAAGAUUCAUGAAAUGGAAGCACAAUACUCCAGUGAAAAACUCAAACUUCAAGACGAUAUUGAGGAGCUCAAAAAGCUAAACCUUCUAUUAUCUUUAAACUUGGAGGAUACAUCUAAGGAACACGCAAAUCAACAAAAGGAGUGGUCUAGCGAGAAAUCAGAACUUGAACGACAGAUUAUUGGACUGCAUCAAACAAAGAGUGACAUGAUUUCUCAAAAUACUUCUCUAAACCUUGAAAUCACCAACCUUAAUAAUUAUAUUCAGGAACUGCAACAGAGCGCCGUAAAAUUAGGCGAUGAAUGGGACAAUGAAAUGAAUAACCUCUUGAAAAUUAUUCAAGUUCAGGAGAAAGUAAUACGGCACCAUCAAGAACAAUUCAAACACCAUUUAAUAUGUCAAAUUUCCAACGAGACUAUCAUUGACGGAAUGAUCAGACAUAACCAAUCCACUGAAAUGAUGUGUAUGGAGUUAAGAUUACAGCUUGAACAAUCCGAGUCUGAAUCCGAUCUCCUGCGACAAAAGCUCGAAGAAGUUUAUCUGAAGUCAUGUGAAGUGUUUAGGACAUCCAUGAACAGACAUAUCGACCAGAAAAUUAAGAAAGGCACAGAAAAAUUUGGAAAACGUUUGCAUGACCUAAGUAAGGAAGGUCAAUUUAUUCAAUUAUUUUCAAAGAAAGAGUCAAUUCUUACCAAAAAAAGUCAAGCCCAAACUCCCGAAGAAAUAGCAAGCGAUACGCUAAACUAUAUGAUAUGGGCUUUGGAAUACACAAGUCCGUCAUGUGGAACUCUGUCCAACAUGCAGCUUUCUGACGAGAAAACUCUCGAUAUUAUCAAUUCUCUGCUCGAAGAAAGCGAGAGACGAGUGAAAUCUUCGAAUAAGGACAUUGCCAAGCAUAAGGAUGAAAUUGACAACAUAUGGAGACAUAUCAACAAGACAUUGUUGACUCUUGUGGAAAACAAUCAUGAACACAAUGUGAAUUAUAUUAACAAUAUUAUUAAUGAUGAGAAAUAUUUGGAGCUCAUUGAACUACAAGAAAAGGCCUCAGCAUUGGAAGGUAUUGAUAUUGAUUUUAUAGCUCCAUCUAAUAUUCAAGAUUUAUCAGAAGAGACAAUACAUGUAUUACAAAAGCUAGGAGACAAGUUUAAGCAAGAUUUUGACACAAUUAAUUUGUACAGUAACUGGUUAGCAGUUGGCGGAGCUUUUUUGAACACCUUAAUCGAGUGUGAAGAUGCUAAUUAUCAUGCAUUAUUAUAUUUAACUCAUGAAUUGUUGCAUUUAUUGCACACCACUCGAAAUUUACUAUUCCUGUUCGACUCGUCUGAGAGAGAGACGAUUGUCUACAAGCUGUCAUUGCAUGGAUGCGCCUCCAAGUUGUCCCAGUUUAUUUCAUCGGCUGAGGAAGUGAAACGAGAAAUGGAAGAGCGAGUGCAACAAUAUGAGAAUUUGAGGCGAAGCACUGAUGCUGCUCUCAUCAUUCAACGAUUCUAUCGAAGAUAUAAGAAGAGAAAACAAGAAGCCAUACUGUUGAAGCAGAAACAAGAAAGUGAAGCAGUCUUUCUCAAACAGAAACAGGAGCUUGCCGAACAAUCGAGGCAUCAGCUCCUAAAGAUUCAAGAACUACAAAUGUCUGAGAUGAACUUCAAAGCAGAGAUUGAGAAGCAAACAGCUAAAACUGGUCGAAUGCUGCUCAAACAAAGUUUGUUGGAAUUGGAUAACAUUUUCAAUGCAAUGAAAGAAUACUUUCUGUACGGAGAGGACGAUGACAUGCCAGUGUCUCCAUCAUCUUCAAGACCAAGUACUCCCACAUCAUCACCACUUCAAGAACGCUCAAGAGCAUUAAGCACUUCACCGCCAAAUCCACUCAAAGAAAACUUUGGAGGGAGAGGUCGCUUAUCGAGUGGGCAGUCUCGAGCGUUCAGUAAUGCUUUCAACGACAAGGAUUUGGAAGAAUUGCACUCGUCCCUAGCAUCUCGAGACUCCUCCAGCAAAGUUUCCCCAACAGCACGCAGAGUCCUCAUUAAAUCACUACCACAAGGAAUCACAAAAAAGUAG